AUGGGCGGCGGCGUGCUCGGCGAGUGGCGGACGGAGUUGCGCAAGGCGAAAGAAGCCGCGAGAACAAGGGACCGGCAGGCGGCGGCGUCGCAGGACGAGGCAGAAGAGAACGACGCGACAGAGGAGGAACCCGUGUCCAGCAUGGGCUGUGACAUUCACCUGGCGCUCGAGCGCGGAAUCUUCAAGCCCGACGCGGCGACAGUCGCAGCACGCGUUUACGCACUGGCCCUCGCCAAGCAGCUCACCUCGCACGAGGCGGCGCAGGAAGAGGCGGACGCCGAACGCAAUGCCGAGCAGCUCGCCUCAGAGUGCGGGCAGGCUGACUGGGCUCACCUCAUGCAGACUGAGGAGGAAGAGCAGCCGCCGGCGCUCCUCCUGCCGCCCGAGCUGUGGGAGCGCAUCGCUCGCACCUGCCCAGUGACCCUCUGCAUGGAUUGGGUUGCGUGCCCGUUCACCCAGCUCGCCGCCCUGCCGCGCGCCGCCUUCGAGAGCAAGCACGACGGCCUCACGGCGCUGAUCAAAAGUACGGCGGAGGCAGUUUCCGAGGAGCUCAAAGGCCGGCUGGAGGAGGAGAUUCGCUCGAGCAUGCCGCCGGAAAUCGCAAGCAUGCCGUCCGACGAGGCGCAGCAGUGGCUGUCGUGGCAGGUGCAGUGGGGCCUUGAUGAGGCAAUCUCGCAGGCCGUCUCCGCAGCAGUCGUCAAGGAGAUGGGCGAGGUGGUGACCCCCGUCUUUGGGCAGGAGCUGCAGCUUGAGCGGCGCAACUACAACGCCUUUGCGCUCUUUGGCCACGGGAGCCGCGCGCAGUCCGGGCUCCGGAUCAAGCGGCUCGGCUGCGUCCGCUCCGGCCGGCCGCACCCGCACGCACUUGCGGCACGCGCACGGCAUGUCCAUGAGGUCACCCGCUGUAUAGGCUGGCCUCUCGAGAUGGCGCGGGUCGGCAUCGGGUACGGCUUCAUCCCCGAGCCCGACGACCCCAACCUGCACUCGCGCCACCACUGCUCGCUCGACGGCCUGUUCGCCGUGGACUGGGAGGAGAGCUGCUCGUCGCUCGAGGCGAGCGGGCGUGCGCUCCGCCCCAAGGGACCAACGACGGACAACCGCGGUGGGUCUUGCCUGACGCCGGAGCAGCUGGCUGAGCACGCCUCCUCCUGGCGCCAGCAUCUCCGCCUCCUCGUCAAGGAUCAGCCCGAAGAGCGCCGGGCGCAGCUCACGCGCGGCUGCGAGGUCAAGAUCACCGCGCUGUGGCCACGCUCAGCCGACCACGACUCGUACGACGACCUCCACGACGUUGCCGACGACCCCGACGAGCGCGCGUUCGACGAGGCCGUUCGCGAGAGCCUGUCUCGGGCCGAGCAAGAGCAGGAGAGACUUUUUGCCAAUCUUUCGAUCGCGACGCCGGAGGCCGAGCUGCCGGAGGCGCUGCGGCUGGAGUUUGCCGCGGCGCGCGAGGCGGCGGCCGAGCGCAUCGCGCGGGGCCAGACGCGCCGCGAGCUCCUCUCUGUCAGCUGGAGCGACGUCGACGUGCUGUCGCAGUUGAUCGCCUUCCAGACCAAGCUGCUCGAGGCGGGCGCCGAGCCCGCCGACUUCCGGGUAAUGAUCGCCUUUGACAACUGA